AUGGAUAAAGGGAAAGCCAAAACAGACGGAGGAGGCUCGGAAUACGCCCGAGCAACAGGAUCCUCCCUCCGCCCAUGUCCCACCGACUGGCACUCGAGGUUUGCAAUGCGACAAGCUCCCUCCAGUACUGAAAACAAGCCAUACAUCGAAUCCCGAGCGGCGACCAAGGUAGAAGAGGAUAAGGAGGCUAGAAUCGAGCCAGAGGAAGACGACGAUCUCGUUCGUGACUUUAUGCGAGGCUCUAAUGAGAUCGAUAUCUGUCUACCUUCGGCGGAUUUGGUCGAAGCGUUCUGCGAUGGAGCGAACCUACAAACGCUGCGAAAACAGAAGGGCCUCGGUCUUGUGGCUCUGUUGAUCGAAAGAUGUAUUCAAAAGGGAAUCGAAUGCCCCAGGGAGCCUCUGGCCCCGUUGACGGCGGUAGACCUUCUCGGAGAGCUGCGGAAACCCCGCAUUCGGUCGACUCCUGGAUCGGCCCGACCAGGAGCUGCGGCUGCCCGCUGUCUCUCUGCCAAUAACAGUGCCAGUUCUCCCUCCAUCACCGUUACCUGCCCAGAGGCCGAUGGGGCAUGUGGGGUAACCGGCUCACCAGCCACAGCGCCGUCAUCAGCCACACAUCCAGCUCCCUCUCCUGGGCCGACGAAUACCACAAGUAGACCUUCAGCAUCACGACCAUUAUCGCCAUUGUCGGCGUCAUCAUCACAUGGCACAUCCUCAUCAGAUGACAGUGACUAUAGGAAAAUUGAUGCCGAGCAGCGUCUUGUGUACAUAACGGACUUGGAUCGAUGGACCAUCGUCGCAUUGAUCAGGACAGCCUCGUAUUACCAAGCGUUUCCCCUCCGUGAUGCACUGUACAAGCACUUGUCCUUUGAGCCCUCCAUUGGCAUGAGAAUUACGUCCGAAGGACUGCAGACUUAUCAAAUAGCUUUCCACCUACCAUACUAUGUGUGGAGAAGCUCGCCAAUUCCUAACAAAGAUCACCGUUGCAUAGGCACAGAACCACUCAGGGAGACAAGAAACGUCUCAUUCCUGAAUGACGCCCUUCCGGGAUGCCUUCCAAAUUCUCCGCCUUUUGAUUUCCUCUAUGAGGCCCAGAUGUCAUGCGUAAUCGCUGGAUUCGACAAGUGGAGUUGGGAUGGUUAUUUUUUCUGCGACGCGUACUUUGACGAUGGGGAUCCAGACAAAGAAUCCGUGGGACUCUAUUACCUAGAUAAUCAAGGCGACGAGCUGGUACUCGUGGAUCCCUUUGCCCGCGGCGAAUUGUCGACAGACAGACCGUUGGAGAACCCCAUCAACUAUUUCCUAACGGUGUUCCGAGUCCGGCUGUGCCAGAUUCAAAAUGAGUGGCAGCGUGUGGUUAACAACCUGCUACGAAGAAUUCGCAUCUUUAUCCGGAACGAAUACCGUACUUUGUCCAAAGCGAGGGAGUGCUCUUCUUCCAAAGAAGCAGACAACCACGCCCAAAAUAUCCAGUCCUGUCUCUCCUGGAUCGCCGAAUUCAUGGAUCUUCAAAUCAGGCUUUCAGAAUGCCUAUCUAAGACAGUCGAUGCAGGCGAAAAGUUUUGGUUGAACGACACUGACCACCUUGAGGCGCUUUUCGAGCCCGAUCAAGGUCGUCUGUCGGUUUCUGAAAUAAAAGAAACUUUCGGAGAGUUACAGUUGUUGUUGCAGACACUCAACUCCAUGGCAACGCGCUGCGACAAUCUUCGGCGAAGUCUCGAGGCUCAACUGCACGUCCAUGUGAAUGCGGAGCAUCGUCAGCGCCAGUGGGAGAGGGACAAUAAAGGACUGUUGGGAUUUAUUACGCGCCAAAAUAUGUCUGCGUCAGCCAACAACGCCGCUGCAUGGCUCAAGGCCCAGCAAGCCCCGGUAAUGGUUGUGGAUGACGCACAUUACACCAACGCCGGGAUAGAUGAGGUCGUCAUCAAAACCACGGCGAUGGCACUAAAUCCGGCCGACGUGGUCGUAGAAGUCGGUCCCGUGUCCACAUCUUUUGAAAAGCGGCAAUUCAAGAUCGGGGACAGAGUGUUUGGCUCUUCGAACCCUCUCGACACUAAAAACGGCGUUUACCGUUGUUCUGGAUUCCAGAAGUACGUGGUGUUGAAGAUGCCGUCCAUUGCGAAAAUACCGGCGGAGACGAAAUAUGAAGACGCGGUGGUUCUGUCAUUGGGAGUCAACACUGCGGCGAGCUGUCUGUUUGCGAGUGAAACUUUGGGCCUGAGCAUGCCGGACGAGCAUGGAGGAAAGCCAGGGAACGGGAAGACGCUUCUUGUAUGGGGGGGGAGUAGCAGCGUGGGCUCUUGCGGCGUCCAACUUGCGACACAAGCUGGAUACGAGGUUAUGGCUGUGGCUAGUAAGAAGAAUCAUAAUAUGGUCCGAAAUCUCGGGGCCAGUGAGUGCUUUGACCAGAACGAUCCGAGCGUGGUGGACGACAUGGUGAAAGCUCUGGAUGGCAAAGACGUGAUCGGUGCCUAUGAUGCCAUCUCAACCGAUGCGACGCUGCCUGUCCUCUGUGAGGUCCUUUCCCGAAGCAGAGGGAGGAAAUUGAUCGUGUCGGUGAUGCCGGGUGCGGAAACAAAGGGAACGAGAGGAGUAGAGGUAAAGACCAAUUUUGGCACAACAACCAAGAAGGACGAGGUCGGAAAGACCAUUUGGAUGUGGCUUGAGAAAGCGUUGAAGGAAGGCCGUUUCAAGUGUAUGCCACAAGCGGAGGUCGUGGGAAAGGGGCUGGAAGAUGUACAGAAGGCCAUUGAUAUUUUGGCACAGGGUGUCAGUGCGAAGAAGUUGGUGAUUGUGAUGUGA